AAUGUCAAGUUAGUCAUUAGGUACUAUUUCAGAAACACAGACAAAACGAAAAUCCUAUGGAUACUUCCAAAGGAGCCAAAAGUCCAGGAAUGGGUUAACUGAAUGAGUUUAUACCUUCACUUUCACUUCCUUGUUACUUGCUGACAUAAAAUGGCGGAGUCUACAACACCUCUCGAAAAUAGGAGGCGGAGGCAUAAAAGCAUGGACGUCCCCCCUGAGAUGAGGAUUGUUCUUCUGGGGAGGAAUGACAGAGAGAAGAGCAUUGUGGGAAACAUCCUCCUGGGUAGAGAGGUGUUUGAUCUCAACUAUGUUCUGCACCAGACUGAGAGAGCCAGGGGACUGGUGGAGGGAAGAUGCUUCACUGUGGUCAUCACUCCAGACCUGUUACACCCAGAUAUCUCUCAUGAUAAACUGUCAGAGGAACUGCAGCAGUGUGUGACUCUGUCUGCACCUGGACCUCAUGUGCUCCUCCUGGUGGUGAAACCUGAAGAGUUUACUAAGGAGGAGAGGAACAGAAUCAGACACAUUCUUGAUUCUCUAAGUGGAAAGUCGUAUGACUACUCAAUGGUGGUAGUAAAUGUUGGACUCAAUAGAGGACGAGACAUGGAAACCUGUGUGGAUAUAAAUCCCCAGGUUCAGGAACUGAUUAUAGAAUGCAGGCAGAGGUACUUAAAGCAUUCUGUUGAUCAGACUAACCUUAUAUCAAGUAUAGACAAGAUUGUGGCAGAGAAAGGAGGACACCUCACCUGUGAGCUGCAUGAAGAGUCUACAGGAGGAGCAACAACAGAGAGCGGAGCAGAAGCAGAAGAGAGGAGUGGGUGGAAUAUGGGAGCAUCGGGUGAUAAGAGAGGAAUGAGGAAGACCAGCAGCUAUGAGUUAUUGCCUCCUCUCAUGUCUGAGGAUCAUCCAGACCGGAGGAUUGUACUUCUGGGGAGGAACGGCAGAGCGAAGAGCAUUAUGGGAAACCUUCUCCUGGGUACAGAAGGAUUUCAUCCUAACUAUUCUCAACAGACUCAAAUAAUCAGUGGACAAGUGGAGAGAAGACGCUUCACUGUGGUCAACACUUCAGACCUGCUACACCAAGAUAUCUCUGAUAGAAAACUCUCAGAGGAAGUGCAGCAGUGUGUGACUCUGUCUGCACCUGGACCUCACGUGCUCCUCCUGGUGGUGACUCCUGAAGAGUUCAUUGAAGAAGAAAGUCGCAGGUUAACAUAUAUCCUUAACUCCCUCAACAGUCAGCAGUCAUUUGAUUUCUCAAUGAUGAUGAUAGUUAAUGCAGAUAAACCAAUGGAAACCUAUAUAGCAGAAAAUUCCUUGUUCUCUCAAAUGCUCAAGAAAUGUAGAGGAAGGUACUUUCAGCUGAAGAGCCUUGAUGAUAAAACUGAACUUCUAGCUAAAUUAGAGGAGAUUGUAAGGGCCCAUGGAGGAGAUCACCUUGCCUGUGAUCGGUUUGAAGAUGCUGCAAGUGGCACAACCGAGGAAGCAGCAAAACAUCAGGAGAAUUGGGAGACAGUGAGAAACGUUGGGGUGUCCAUCAUUCAAGGCAGUAUUGGGCAGUCAUCAGUCAGUACAAGAAGUUGUCAAAUUAGGAUUGUGCUGUUGGGGAAGAGUGAUGACAAGCAGACAUCAGCUGGAAACUUCAUUCUAGGGAAGAAUUCCUUUACAAAGCAUAGUCCCACCAUGGUCUUCUCCACUAACACAUGUGUAUCAGCCAGUGCACAUGUGAAGGGCAAGAAAACAACUGUUGUGAAGACACCAGACCUCUGUAGUCCAAAAUUGACAGCAGACGAUCGGAUGAAGGAGAUGGAGAAGUGUUUGUCCCUGUCUGCUCCUGGUCCUCAUGUAUUCUUACUGCUGCUGAAACCAGAGGAGUUCACAGAAGAGAACAACAAAAGAUUAAGGUGGAUCCUGAGCCUGUUUGGUAAAGAUGCUUUCAAACACUCUCUGGUGAUCACAACACAUGAAGGAAAGGGAAGAAAUCUCUGUGUGACUCAGAUCAUCAAAGAUUGUGGAGGACAUCAUUACAAAAUGACACAUGGAGGUGACCAUUCACAGUUAACAAAUAAGAUAGAGGAGAUGGUGAGAAGGAAUGGGUGGAGAUACCUGAAACAUGAUGAAGAGACACCACAGUCAGAGGGUAACAUUCCUAGAAUGAACUUGGUCCUGUGUGGGAGGAGAGGAUGUGGGAAGACUUCCACAGCCGACACCAUACUGGGUCAGAGAGAGACCAGGCCAGAGUCUCUCUCCUCAGCAGUGUGUGUGAAGAGAGAGGGAGAGGUGUGUGGACGCUGGCUGACCCUGGUGGAGAUGCCUGCUCUGUAUCGACCAACACUCACUCAGGAGGAAGUGAUGCGUGAGACUCUCCGCUGUGUCUCUCUGUGUGACCCUCCUGGAGUCCAUGCUUUCCUCCUGGUGGUGCCUGUGGGUCCACUCACUGAUGAAGACAAGGGGGAGCUACAGAACCUCCAGAAAGUCUAUGGAUCAAGAAUCAAUCACAUGGUUCUGUUCACAUCAGAAUCUGACCCUACAGCUAAACAUGUGACUGACUUUCUGUAUAAAACAGAAGAGAUCCAGCAGCUGCUCCAGAGCUGUGGGGGAAGAUAUGAGAUAUUAAACAUAAAGGAUGUUGGAAAUAACCAAUCAUUGUCUAAAGUUCUGGAGAAGGUGGAGGGAGGGAUGGCUGAAUGUAACUUAAGCUCCUUCACCACAGAGAAGUAUGCGGAAACACUAACUGAGAAGCUCAGUAAACAACAGAAAGAGAUACAGAAGUUAAAAGAACAGAACCAGUUAGCGCGAGAUGGGGAACAUCAGAGCACAGAUUGCCUGAGGAUCGUGCUGAUAGGAAAGACUGGAAGUGGAAAGAGUGCCACCGGCAACACAAUCAUAGGCAAGCAAGUGUUUAAAUCCAAACCAAGUGGAAAAUCUGUGACCAAGAAUUGCCAGAAAAAAGAGGGAGUGGUGGAUGGUCGGUCUGUUGCAGUAGUCGACACCCCAGGGUUGUUCGACACAGCUCUCAGUAAUAAUGAUGUUGAGCUGGAGAUUGUUAAAUGCAUCAGUCUUUUGGCUCCAGGGCCUCAUGUGUUCUUACUCAUCCUGUCCAUCGGCCGAUUCACACAGGAAGAGAAAGACACAUUACAACUGAUUAAGAGAGGCUUUGGGAACAAUUCCGUGAUUUACAUCAUUGUGCUUUUUACUAGAGGAGAUGACCUAAAAAACAAUACACUUGACAACUAUGUUUCAGAAGACUGUGAAGACAUGGUCCAAAAACUAAUUGGAGACUGUGGAGGGAGAUGUCAUGUUUUCAAUAACAAUUCAAACAAUCGCUCUCAGGUCAGUGAACUGAUCAAGAAGAUUGAUGAGAUGGUGAACAACAAUGGAGGAGGAUGUUACACCAAUGAAAUGUUCCAGGAAGCUGAGGGAGCUAUUAAACGAGAAUUUGACAAGAUUUUGAAAGAGAAAGAAGAAGAGAUGCAGAGAGAGAAGGAGACUCUGCAGAAGAAUCAUGAGACAGAGGUGGAAAAGAUGCAGAGAAGACUGGAUGAACAGAGGUUAGAAGUGGAGAAGGAGAGAAAACUGAGAGGAAAACAAUUAAAAGAAAAGGAAAAAAUCAUAGAGAACGUGAAAAAAGAAAAAGAAACUGAAAAGGCCAAAAGAAAAGUAGAGGAUGAAAGGAAGAGAAAGGAGGAAGAAAAGCGACGUCUGGACUGGGAGCAAACAUUUGAAACGAUGCAGGAAACAAUAAGAACACAAACAGAAGAGUUUGAAAAUAAACAAAAACAAAGAGAUCUGGAAGAAAAAGAGAAGCAAGAAGAGCAACAGGAGAGACACAGUAAUGAACAAAAACAAUUUGAAAAGAAAUGUGAGGAAUAUCAAAAUGAGGAGCAAAAGAGGAGAGAAGCAGGUGAGAGAGAAAAACUAGAAUGGGAAAGAAAAAUAAAAGAAACUGAAGAAAGUAAGAUGGAGAUACAGCAGGAGGUGUUGGAGAGUAAGAAACUAUGGGAGGAAGAGCAGGAGAAGGAAAGAAAAAGGAGAGAAGAGGAAUAUGAGAGAAGAAUGAAACUGGAGAAGCAAGCGUGGGAAAUGAAAUUGAAAGAAAUGGAAGAAGAAGAAUCUAAAAGGAUUUUAAAAGAAAAAGUGAGAAGGGAGGCAGAACAGAAAGAAAGAGAGAACACUGAGAGAUUAUAUGGAGAAAAGAAAAAGGAGCUGGCAGAUCAACGUGAAAGUUGGGAGAAAAAAAGAAAAGAAGAGUGGGAAAAAAGAGAGAAAGAAGAUGAACAGAGAAGAGAGAAGGAGCGAAACAGACUGGAAAAACUCCAGGAGGAGUUUGAGAGAGAACGUGAAGAGAACAUAAAGAGAAAGAAAGAGGAUCGACUCAGGAGAGAAGAGGAGGAGAGAGCGUGCAGAGAAAUUGAGGAAGACCAUAAGAGAAAAAUAGAAAACAUGAAGAAGAAAUAUGAAGAUCAGGCCAGAAAACAAGCUGAAAAAUUUAAUGAGUUUAAAGAUAAAUACACCAGGGACUUCAAAGCCCUUAUGGUGAAACAAGACACAGAGACAAAAGAACGUAUUAAGAAGCAUCAUGAUGAGUAUCAGGCCCUGAAAAAAUUCUCGAGCCAUAAUGAGGAUACACUGAGACAAAAAAUAGCAAAAAAUGAAACUCCUUAUCAGCCCCAGGAAAACCUUUCUGAAGAUAAAAAGGCAAAGCUGAAGACGGAAUUGGAUGCUUUACGGGAGAAACAUCAAAAACAGGUAGAUGACUUGAAAAAGUCUUUUGAAAAAGAUGCAUUGAUGUGUAAUGUUUUGUAAUUGCAUGGUUCUGCUGCAAAGUUUAACAGCGUUUUUGUUGAUUGGCCAAAACAACAAACUGUUUAUUAUUUGUGUGUUUGUUUAUCUAAAAAAAUAGUUAUAAUUGUUGAUACUUAAUUAUGGAGAAUAUGACAGUUAUGAUGAUGAUAUCAUGAAGAAGGAUCCAAAGCAACUUACUGUACAGAGGGGAAUUAAGCCCCCUCAUAGGGAAGUAAGACCAUUGUUCUCUUGCUUCUAAUUAGCUCUUCUCUCUGGAUCUGCAUAUUAGCUGAAAUGUUGGUUUAGUGUCUGUGUACAUUUACAGAGACAUGUUAUUUGGCUACGAAGGGGUAUGAAAGAAACAUCAAUAUCAAAAAUAUAGUAAAAAAUACAUGUUACUCCAUGUAAACAAAGGCAUAGCUGUAUUAGUGAUGUUUAUUUUAAAAUUAUGUAUUUUGCCACCAUACGUAACAAAGUAAGACAUUAUGUGUUAUGUUCUUUUUUCCUUGGGGAUUGUAUGCAGUACUUGUAUGUAUGUUAAACCCCCAACCAUGUUUCCUUUAUUAGAGUGAGUGAUUACUGGAGUGGAGUUAUUAAAGCAGUCAGCUGUCACACAUUAAUCAACAUGAUCACAUGGUGAUGAGUGUUUACCACUUGUGUUUCUGUAAGAUGUAAGAUGAUUCCAAUGUUGUUUUCCGAUCAAAUAGUUUCAAUUGAAUUAAACAAACAAAAUCGUAUUAUGAAGUGUGGAAGUUUUAAUCAGUUUUCCAUUGAUAUUAUGUAUAAACAAAUUGUGGACAGUUUUUCUACUAAUAUGCAUAGUGCACAUAUUUAGAUGCCUUGAGACUUUUAAGAGUUACUUUAUCUUAAAGUAUCUGUUUGUACCGUACUACAGCCACGUAAACAAAUCUUUAUUACCUUUGAUUUUGAUUUGAUCUGGACAAACUGUCACAGUGAAAUAUGAAAAGCUUGUUAUUUGCACAGACUGUAUCAUUAAACCGACUGAAUCUG